UGAGGAGAAGUGACUUGGAACGUUAAGGAGACAGCGACACGGAGGAGGAGAAACAGGGCAGAAUUGGCAGGGAAUCCGUUGUGAGCGGAGUUGGCGGAGGGCAAUGCACGGUUCCGAUAAGGGGAGAGGAGGAGGAGAGAAAGAAAGAGAGGGAGAGAAAGAGACGGCAAUUGGAUUAGGUGGAGACUCGAAGAAGAACAACAGGGUUCUCGCAAUGCUCUCCGGAAUUAUCUGCUUGACACGAAGGUAAUAUUGUCGUCGCGGCGAUCGCCAGGAAGGAGGAGACCGUAAUUGGAGUUUGCUUUUGACGGGCGGGGCCCCUCCACAUUCCCGCGUGAUAAAACGGUGGUUUCCCCGCCUUUCCAUCACCUCCCCUUCUUCGUCUUCGCGCAUCGACGUAUUGCAGCAUCCAUCAAAGGCAAAAAGACAGAUUGGUUCUUUUGCUCCUUCGGAUAUUGCCCGAAUGAUGGGUCAGUGGCCACACGGAUUCCUUUUUCGAUUAUAGAUAAGAGAACAUUGAUGAAGCUUGGGGAAUUCGACGCUGAAACCUGUGCAAUUCCCUUGGCUUCCUUGAAGUCGGAAGCAGAGCCAGCCAGCCAGCAUCGGCUUUGUGUUACAGGUGAUGCUAUGGUUGGAAACCGAUCAUGGUUUGGAGGAGUCCUUUACCGCAUUGGCAACAAACGUCAAAGUAGUAAUGAAAAGACAAUUGAUUUUACUUUGACCCCUCUUCAGGAAGCACGAUUACAAAAGCUUAAGGAGCGUUUGAAUAUACCAUUUGAUGAGGCGCGACCAGAUCAUCAGGAAGCUCUCAGAGCUCUUUGGCAUGCGUCCUUCCCAAGAACAGAACUCACAGGUCUCGUAUCGGAGCAAUGGAAAGACAUGGGGUGGCAAGGACCAAACCCAUCGACUGAUUUCAGGGGUUGUGGAUUUGUUUCGCUUGAGAAUCUAUUAUUUUUUGUGAGGACUUAUCCGGCUUCUUUCCGAAGGUUACUAUUCAAACAAGAAGGAAAUAGAGCCACAUGGGAAUACCCAUUUGCUGUCGCAGGUGUCAACAUCUCAUUCAUGUUGACUCAGAUGCUAGAAUUGCAUUCAGCAAGACCCAAAUCUGUGCCGGCGAUCAAUUUUUUGAAAGUUCUUUCAGAAGACGAGGAAGCAUUUGACGUUUUAUACUGCAUAGCGUUUCAGAUGAUGGAUGCUCAGUGGCUUGCAAUGGGUGCUUCAUAUAUGCAAUUCAAACAAGUGUUGGAAGCAACAAGGAUCCAACUAGAGAGGGAGCUGUCUUUAGACGACAUUCACCGAAUCCAAGAUCUACCUGCUUACAACCUUUUGUACAAAUAGGCUCCAUCUAAUUCCAGUUGUAAAAGUUGUUUUCCUAAGGAAUUCUUGUACAGUUACAGUUUAUCUGGCAGAGACCUUUUUCUC